AUGUCAGUCCAGCAGAUUCAAAGCGUCGGCAUCUACCACGGCCUGCCUGUCUACCCAGCGGAAACCAAUGGGUUGACAGCCAUAAUAACUGGCGCCAAUGGCAUCAGCGGUCACUACAUGCUGCGUGUCCUGUCACAAGCCCCAAGACGAUGGAAGAAGAUCUAUUGCUUGAGUCGCCGACCACCACUUGUUCCAGGCGGUCUACCCGAGAAUGCGGCUCAUAUACCGUUGGACUUCUUAAAGAAGCCUGACGAAAUAGCGGAAACGCUCAAAGAACACCAGGUGACUGCGGACCAUGUCUUUUUCUUCUCGUACAUCCAGACGCCUCCAAAAGAAGGUGGCGGCCUUUGGAGCGACGCUGAAGAGAUGUGUCGAGUCAAUGCAUUACUGCUAUCGAACUUUCUUGAGGCGAUCAAGCUGGCUAGCAUUAAGCCAAAGCGCUUUAUGCUGCAGACUGGAGCGAAGAACUACGGAGUGCAUCUGGGUCCAACAAAGGUACCACAAGAGGAGACGGAUCCACGAGUCACCUUGGAGCCCAACUUCUACUAUCCGCAGGAAGAUCUAUUGUUCGACUACAGCAAGACCUCCGGAUGUGGCUGGGCAAUAUGUAUGCCUGGUCCUAUCUUGGGUGCUGUCCCAGACGCGGCCAUGAAUGUUGCAUUCCCACUCGCGGUCUACUGUGCCGUAUGCCGAAAGCUAGGUCGUCCUCUCGAGUUUCCAGGUGACAUUGAAUCAUGGCGCAUGGCUCAGUCUUGCAGCAGCUCAAUGAUGAAUGCCUACAUGGAGGAGUGGGCAGUCCUGCUGGGCCCACCGGACCAGAAGUACAAUACUUGCGACAGCAGCUCGUUUGCCUGGGAGAGCGCAUGGCCGCGCAUCGCAGGCUGGUACGGUAUUGAACCGAAAGGUCCACAGGAUGGUGAUGAGUAUACUGCCACCGAGACGAGAUUCAACCCACGCGGGUACGGACCGAAGGGAGUGACGAGGCGCAAGUUCUCUGUCGUUGACUGGGCGAAGCGGGACGGUGUGCAGAAGGCUUGGAGAGAGCUGGCGCAAGAGCAUGACCUGAGUCAGAAGGAAUUGGUCGACAUUGACCGUGUCUUUGGCUUCCUUCAAGGUAGUCUCUGCCGGCCUGCGCCGCUUUACUACAGCAUGGACAAAAGUCGCAAGCUCGGAUUCCACGGCUUCGUCGACUCCACCGAGUCCUUUCUGGAGGUCUUCGACGACCUUGCUAAGAUCAAGAUGAUCCCGCCGGUGCCCAAGGUCAAAGUCUCCUUCAAUUAG